UUACUCCGUAGUAGCGCGAAAUUUCGAAGCUUUCCGUCAAAGCAACUCAUCUAAAUGGCUGAAAAUUAUUCAAAAUCUAAACUGAAACGGAAGAAAUACUCUGCGGAGGAUCUUCAACCGGAUGUAUGUUCAAGAGGAGCACAAAGGAAGGGUCACGGUAAUGGGGCUGCAGAGCCUGGAAGGUCGGCCGUUCCUGCAGACGUGUGGUGGAACAGGGAGCAGCUUCCUGCUGUGGAUGCUCUGUGGGCGUUAACACUGAAGUCUGCUCUGCCUUACCUGCAGAAUAAGACCUUGGACCUUAUCCCUGAUCUUCCAGAACCAUCUACAGCUAGACCCUCAGCUGCGAUGGCAGAUGAUCAGGGGUGGUGUGGUCUCAGCCUAGAGGUCCCCCCCUUUCCUGAACUGUCUACAAGGACACCAUCAAGUCCACCCGCAGUCAGCUCCUCCCAUCAGGACCUCCCAGCUCAAACCCAGCCUGCAGCAGACACACCUGAGCAUGAGGCAUCCUCUAACAGCAGGAAACAUCUCCGACCGUCUCUUAAAACUUUAAACAGAAGAACUGAGAGUGUUGGAGGAGGAGAGGAGAAGAGAGAUGACAGACAGCUCCUCCAGAACCAGCGUAGGGUCUCUGACAGCCCGGUCUUUAUGGAGGAGGAGGCAGGAAAUACAGAAGAAGUGAUGGAGGAUGGAGAGGGGGAGGUGCAGGGGAGUAUGAGAAAGGAUGGAGGAGCAGCAGGAGGAGAAGGAGUGCUGCAGAGCUGCCCCAUGUGUCUGCUGGUGUUUCCUGCUGGGUUCACACAGAUGGACUGUGACGGCCACCUGGCCAAGUGUCUGUCUGAGGUGAACGUGGACGUCACCUGGUGAGGGGGGAGGGGCUCUGACUGCUGUCCAGGAGCUAUGAGAUGCACAGAUAACCCCCCUCCCCUACCUGCUGCCAACAUGGUGCAGGAUGAUGAUGAUGAUGAAGAGGAGGAGGCUCUAAGUGUUUACCACAGGAUUAAAGUGGGAAUGGACCUGAGCUUGUGAAGCUCUUGCCCAGUCGUCUGACCACUUAAAACACUUUAAACCAGCAGGCCACUGAUGGUGAAGGCUGCUGUGUACAGUGGACAUCAGUACUAACUAAUACCGUUAAUACACAUUCAUGUCACUGACUCAGCAGUCGGAGCAAUGUGGAGUUUAGUGAACACAUCAUCAUGUGACCAAAGGCUCAAACCCUCCAUCAUCUAGAUAAAAGACGGCCGACUCGACCUACUGAGCCAUCGUCAGCUCUGAUAAUGAGGAUCAUUACUCUGUAACUGGGUGGUGCACACACUAGGGAUGGGCAGGAGUGCUUGAUGAUGCUGAUGAGUGGAAUAAAAUAUGGACGUCUGCUAAAACCUGGUUCUGCUUCUGCAUUGGGUUUGUUGACUGCGUCGCUCUGCAACAGUCCGCCCAAACCCUUCCUGGCAGCAGAGGCCAUCGAGGAUCCGUAUCGCCAUACACGUUGAUGUGGGAUGGUAAAAUGUCCUAAUAAACAUGUCCUGCUCUGAAUUCA